AUGAUGAUGCUUGGAGACGAGUUUCCUGAUUUUGAAGCCGACACAAGCCAUGGACGCAUGCGAUUUCACGACUAUAUCAAAGGAUCGUGGGCUAUUCUCUUAUCUCACCCUGCUGACUUUACCCCAGUUUGCACAACAGAACUUGGACGUGCGGCGCACCUAAAGUUUGAAUUCGCGAAACGCGGAGUAAAGAUGGCGGCACUGUCAUGUGACGACGUUGAGUCUCACAAAAGUUGGAUUCAAGACAUUCGUUACUAUAGUAAYWUAAAGGGAGAAUUCCCCUAYCCUAUUAUUGCUGAUCCYAAGCGUGAACUUGCGAUUCUUCUUGGAAUGCUUGACCCCGAUGAAAAGGAUUCAAAUGGCUUACCACUGACAUGCAGAGCAGUUUUCAUUAUUGGUCCUGAUAAAAGGUUGAAACUCUCCAUACUAUAUCCAGCYACGACUGGACGUAACUUUGAGUAA